AUGUGGUCGGUACUCUGCAAGUCUGGAUUCAGGUCGCACGUUGCUACUGGUGGUGAGCACUCGGCUAGCCCACUCGCGCUAGCUCCUACUCCACACACACACACCGGACACAAGCCCACCCAGCGCCCUACCACCCAACCAGCACCCGCCGCCCGCCCGCCCGCCAUGUCGUCCGCCGCGCCGGCGCCGGCGCCGGAGGAGCAGCGGCCGCGCCCGGUGCGCUUCGGCAUCAUGGGCUGCGCGUCCAUCGCGCGCAAGCUCGCGCGGGCGAUGCUGCUGGCCGCGCCCGCGGCCGCCGUGGCCGCCGUCGGCAGCCGCUCCGAGGCCAAGGCGCGCCUCUUCGCCGCCGACAACGGCCUCCCCGCGGGCGCGCGCCUGCACGGCUCCUACGAGGCGCUCCUCGACGACCCGGCCGUCGACGCCGUCUACCUGCCGCUCCCCACCAGCCUCCACGUGCAGUGGGCCACCGCCGCCGCCGCGCGGGGCAAGCACGUGCUCCUCGAGAAGCCCACCGCGCUCUGCGCCGCCGACCUCGACGCCAUCCUCGCCGCCUGCGACGCCAGCGGCGUCCAGUUCAUGGACUCCACCAUGUGGAUGCACCACCCCCGCACCGCCAAGAUGCGCGACCUCCUCCCCGCCGACGUCGGCGACGUCAGAGUUAUAAACAGUCUGUUCAGCUUCCGAGCAAACGAAGAUUUCCUCCAGAAUGACAUCAGGGUGAAGCCAGACCUCGACGCGCUGGGCGUACUCGGCGAUGCCGGGUGGUACUGCAUCCGCGCGAUCCUGUGGGCCGUCAACUACGAGCUCCCGAAGAACGUGAUCGCGCUCCCCGACCCUGUCAAGAACCAAGCCGGCGUGCUCAUCGCCUGCGGCGCGACGCUCUACUGGGCCGACGGAAAGACGGCCACCUUCCACUGCUCGUUCCUCGCCAACCUCACCAUGGACCUGACCGUCGUCGGCACCGACGGCACGCUCCACGUCACCGACUUCAUCAUCCCGUACGAGGAGAAGUCCGGCCCGUUCAGCGUGGCGUCCAGGUCGAACUUCGCCGAGCUCCACACCGGGUGGGUUCCGCAGCCCAGCAGGCACGUCGUCACGACUGACCUGCCGCAGGAGGCCCUGAUGGUCCAGGAGUUCUGCAGGCUGGUGCAGGGCAUCAGAGACGCCGGCGCCAAGCCUGAGGGCAAGUGGCCGGCCAUCACCAGGAAGACGCAGGUUGUGAUGGACGCGGUGAAGGCUUCCAUUGACAAGGGAUUUGAGUCUGUCGAUGUUGUGAGCUAAGAAAAUGCAACACGUAGCUGGUCAUUCUGGUGAUAUGUCUUCCAAGCCAUGGUGCAUACCUGGCCAUUCCGGUGAUCUUCAAGGCCAUGGCGUAUGGAUUGUGCGUUUGCUCAAAUCGUACUUGUGCGCAAGCGCAAAACUACUUAUAUAUAUUGGAAUAAUAACUCGAAUUAUUAUUGCCAUACCAAGGACAACAUUGCAGUUAUCAAGUUCAAUGAUAUAUUGCUACGGAUUUA